AAAAAAAAACAGAGACGAAAGCGAGGAAAAAUCGCGAUCGGCUUCUCCAGCCACACACACCCGUCACAGUGUUAGCCACUCAAUCGCUAUCGCGUUUCCAUCAGAUUCCGGGUAACGUUCUCCGUUUCUUAAAAAUCUGAUUCUGCGGCUUCCCCCUUCCCGCCGGUGAAAGUUCUUAACCAUUAUCGUAAUUUUUUCAGAUUACUCGAAUUAGGGUUUCUUGCAAAUUCCCCUCUUUUGAUUUUGAAUUGGGGAGGAAGUCUCAGAUCGCAUAAUCAGAUUCUUGCAUCUCACUGAAACACGUUUCAUGCAAACGCGUCUGCGUUCUCUGUUUCAAUAUCAUCCAUAGAUUCUUUACAUCAUCAGCAUUUUGGAGCUCUAGAAGUGUUGAUCUAAGUUUAUAUGACGUGUGUUCUGUUUCUUGAAUUGUUCAUGUAAAUCUUUAUGCAAUUGUAUGACUUUAUGAUAUGAAUUUUGUGUGUAUCUUCAAUGUGUGUCUCUUUGUUUGCUUUUGUAAUAAAGAUCUAAUUGUCUUCAUGUCCCACAAUUAUGUUUCUGUGUUCUGUUUCUUGAAAUUGUUCAAUUGUACGGCGGUUUAUAUGAUUUGUGUUCUGUUUCUUGACAUUGUUCAAUUGUACGACUGUUUAUAUGAUAUGGAUUUUGUGUGUAUUCUCAAUGCGUGUCUCUUUGUUUGCUUUUGUAAUAAGGAUCUAAUUGUCAUCAUGUCCCAGAAACAAUUAUGUUUUUGUGUUCUGUUUCUUGAAAUUGUUCAAUUGUACGACUGUUAUAUAUGAUAUGUCUCUUUGUUUGUUUCUUGUUGUUAUAAGGAUUAAGACAUGUAACACUUAUGUAAUGAUGUUCAAUCGUUUUUAUUGUUAGGAGUUUGGAAGUGAGAAAAAAAAAUGAGGCCAAAAGCAGUGUGGGAGCCUGAAUAUCACAGAGUGUUUGUUGAGCUAUGCGUGGAGCAAACAUUGCUAGGGAAUAAACCGGGGACACAUUUUACGAAAGAAGGUUGGAGGAAUAUAUUGUCAUCGUUUCAGGAGAAGACAGGGGCAAUGUACGAUAGAAUGCAGCUUAAAAACCAUUGGGAUACAAUGGGCAGGCAAUGGAAAAUAUGGCGUAGACUCGUUGAAUGCAGUUAUAUGAGUUGGGAUCCUGAGACCAACACUUUUGGUGCUAGUGAUGAUGACUGGGCUAUCUAUUUACAGGAGAAUCCUGAUGCUGGACAGUAUAGGUUGAGUGUUCCGCAAGAUCUCAAGAAGCUAGAGAUUAUCUUUGCGGGUAGGAAUGUAGAGGUCAAAGAUGAGGUAGUUUUGCUUUCGAGUGUAGUAAAGAAGAGGCGAAGAAGUUGUUACGAGGAAGAAGAUGAAGAUAACCAAAGCAUGUGUAGUUCAUCUAACCCUCAAACGAAAGGGUAUUGGUCUCCAUCUACACAUGAGCUGUUUCUUAAUCUGUUGGUUCAAGAGACUCUGAAAGGAAACAGACCCGAGGCACAUUUUAACAAGGAAGGUUGGAAGACGAUUCUUGAGACAAUUAAUGAUAAUACCGGCCUUAGUUAUACUAGAGCGCAGCUGAAAAACCACUGGGAUUGUACUAGGAAGGCUUGGAAGGUUUGGUGUCAACUCGUUGGAGCUAGUAGCAUGAAAUGGGAUCCAGAAACUCGUAGUUUUGGUGCUACAGAAGAGGACUGGCGAAUCUAUAUUCGGGAAAACCCAAAAGCAGGACUAUUCCGCCAUAAGGAAGUUCCUCAUGCUGAUCAACUAGCUAUCAUAUUCAACGGAGUUAUAGAACCUGGAGAGACAUACACUCCUCCUUCGCGUUUGCGUAAGAAGCUCCUCUACAAUCGUUCUGAGUCACCACAAUGGAAUGACCCAACUCCAUUGUCAAAGCACCACAGAGAUGAAGCAGAAACCUCCAGGCUAAAUGGCGGUUACGCAGAGUCUCGGUUGCAAGAAGAUCGGAUAGAAAGCGAAACCGCUCAACGGUUGGAUGCCAUGAAGUCAAUGAGUGAGGGUAUGUUACAGGAAAGUCCAGUAUGCGUUGAGAUUGAAUCGGCAAAGCUUAUGUACAGCAUUGGAGAAUGCAUUCAAAGUCUUGACGCGAUGAAUGAGGUGGAAGAAGGUAGUGAGCUCUACUUGUUUGCGUUGGAUUUGUUUCUGAAGAGAGAGUAUAGAGAGAUCUUCUUAGAGCUGAAGAAGCCUAGUUUGAGAAUCGCAUGGUUGCAGAGACUUCACUCUGCUUCGCUUGCUGUUACUACAACAUAGGUUCAAGUUAUAAAGCCAUCCUUUUUGUUAAUUUAGAACUCUGGUUCUGUUUGAUUUUAUACCCCAAAGAAUCGUUCUUCAUUACUUAUAUAUAUAAAACAGCAGGUAGAGAUCAUGUUGAUGAACCUUUGAAUUUGCCAAAUUCUAAGUGGUUGUAUGUAAUAUUUUUUCAAUAGAAACCUCCUUCAAAACUU